GCUUUCUGGAAAAGCGUGGGAUGUGACGCGUGAACUGGAUUUUUCCCGUCUGCAGGACAGAGAUGGUGCAGCCUAUCUUCUGGAAGUGCUGGAGCAGCGGCUUGGACGGACCCCGGUCCCAGAUUUGGGAAUACGUCUGGAGCAGCUGUUUAUGAGAACCAGAAGAUCACCGGGACAGAGUAUGUCCCAGUGGUCAGCAGAACUCAGAGAAGCUUACCGCAACCUGCAGCGGGCAAUGGCAAGAGCGCGGGUAGGAAGCCCGACGAAGGCGGGAGAUCAUGGACCACGGCUGAACCCGAGCCGGGCUUCGGCUUGGAUGAUGACGACAGAGAAGAAGGAGAAGAAGACGCCGGUGAGCAUCCUGAUCAUGAACUUCCUGUGGCAGAUGAAAGGCGUACCGGAGCUCACUCCCGAGUACCUGGUGAGGCUUCUGCCGAGGAGAUUCGCGCCUGGGCGGCAGAAGAAUGGGAAGCCUGGUAUUCCGGAUGGAACGGACGUCGACGAGGGCGCUGGGAAAGUGCCAGCGAAGGAGGAAGUGGAGGUGCUGCCACCAGAAAUCCUCGGAUGGUUGCUUCUAAGGAGGGCUAACUUGAGCAGUGCAUCACGCCUCGCCAUCCUUAGUGUGACGGGCAAUAAGCUUGAGUUUGACCUGGUGGAGAAGGCUCUACGGGAUCAAGAAGAAGACCUCCUUGCUUCAGAACGACAACGAGAUCCCCGUGCCGCAAGACACCGCAGAAGCUACUGGGUGGAAGAUCAGGGUGAAUGGGGUCUUCUGGCUGAGGACGCUUUUGAUGAAGCUCAUGAGGGAGGCGAUGCCUCCCUGGACAUCCACUGGGUUGGCAGCCGACUUCCUGCUGAGGUGUACCCCGUGGAUGAGAUAGACGAAGAGUGGACCACCUACGGCCAUGACGGUGCCGAGGUACACUGGGUCUGGUAUGACAACGAGUGGCAGACCCAGGACGCUGAAGGCACCUGGUGGACCUGGUCGGAUUCCAAGCCCUGGUUAGAAAUCGACGAAUGCAUGGCUGUGGACCCUCAGUCCGGGAAGGAGUUAGCAGAUACUUUCGCGACCUUCCAGGACAAGGUGAGGACCUUCCGCGAGAGCCGCAACCUCAUGAAG